AUGUUGCUGUUCGGAACAGACCCUGCUUCGGAUUACAAUGAACACUCCACAUUACAUUUGAUCCUGGAGGGCAAGGACAUGGUCGAUGUGGGGGGGUGGUUUGGUUCGACGGAUCCCUUCUUUACGCUUCUUGCUUCUACAGCUACGUCGACUGGGUCGGUGCUGUUCCAAGCAGUACACACAAGUGAAGAAGUUGCCAGCAAUCUGAAUCCUCGAUGGAAAAAGGCAGAGGUCAGCUUGAAAGCUCUCUGCGACUUGGACAUCAACAAACCAAUUCGCAUUCAAUGCGACGACUGGGAGCCAUCAGACCGGCACAACCCGAUGGGCUACUUUGAUACAUCAGUGGCAGACUUGUUGAAAGUAUCAGGGGAUGCUUCCAAGACGGCUCCAUUAAGGGAUAAGGGGGAAGAGUACGGGAAACUUAUCAUCCGGCUGGCAAGGAUCAAAACACCUCGAGAUGAUCUCUCCAAACGAAGCAGUCACUCCCGCCGGACCAUGCGCAUGAGUAGUGCCAGUGGGGCUUCUUCUAGUAGGGGGCGAGAGAGUCAGUUGACAAAUGCCGGAAGAUCAAGUAGUUCCAGGAAGAGCAGUGCUGCACCCAGUGUUCUGCUAGAGUACCCACCCGACUUUGGAGGGUGCAAUGAGAAAGAUGUCUUUCAUUUGACUCUUGAAGGACGAGAUUUGGUCCACGUGGGGGGCUGGUUCGAUACAACCAAUCCAUACUAUCAACUGACGAUUCCAGAUACAAAUCCAAACGACGGGAAACUGAUAUGGCAAAGUGUCUACAGAUCAGAACAUAUUGAGGACUCCUUGUCUCCAUUCUGGAAAGAGGCACCCGUGACGUUGAUGUUGCUCUGCGAGGGUGACCUCUUCAAAUCAUUCCGCGUAUUCGUCUACAGUCGAGUAGAGGGAGGUGAUCCGAUACCAAUGGGGUUCUUUGAUACAACAGUAAGGGAAUUAAUCACAGCCUCGAGAAGCAGCGACAAAGAGUUCGUCCUGCAAGAUGAAAAUGGGGAAAAGUUUGGAGCUCUUGUGGCACGUUAUGCUCAGGUGCCAGAAGACUACAGUUCCGGGAGCGAUGGUUCAUUCGCGGUAGAUCUCGAGGGCGAAGAUGAUUCCGAAGGGGGGUCAUUCGCCGAAACAACAACAACCAAAGAGGAAAGGGAUGAAGCAAAGGCAGACAAUGGCACAACCAACGGGGAGCCGUCAUUAGAGCAGCCUUCAAACGAACAAGAAAACAAACGAGAACAGUCCAAGGAAAGGGUUUCUUCAACCAGCAACGAUCAAGAUCAUACCAAGCCAAUUGUAGACGCUUCCUCAACUGUGGACGAGACACAAAAGCAGGAAAUGGACGAAUGCAGUGCAAGUACUCGACAAGGUCGCUCGGUGCAGGCCGGUGCACAUUUGCCAGAGCUACCCACGCCAAGAGAGAGCCUAGCGUCGUACGCUCGAUCCGUAAAAGGCCUCAGAAAAUCCAUGGCGGUAAUGUCUCGCACAUCCCCCGAAAAAUCUAGAAGAACCAGAGAUUCUUCCUCCAGUGCUCGCCCGGACCCAUAUGACUUGCGGAGGUCCUCGUCGAGUCGUUCGAUGACUUCCUCCCGGGCUCGCAUUGACCCAUAUGACUUGCGGAGGUCCUCGUCGAGUCGUUCGAUGGCAGAUGAAAGGUCUUCACGAAGAUCAUCAUCGUCGCAACGUUCUCGGGAAAGGUCACCGGAAAAAAGGAGCAGGUCUUCGCAUGUACGCUCAUCAGAAGGCAGCCAUCGAUCGACACGAAGUCACUCGAUGCAUGGGUCAUCGCGAGAAGAGAAAUCCAGAUCAAAGCACCGAGACGAAAGGGAUGAUCCCAUGGCGUCUUCGUCUCGUUCCCACAACAAAACAAGGAGCAACGACGUUUCGCGUAGCGAAGGACGUUCCAGCUUCAAGGAUGUUUCGAAGAAAGUUCACGACAACAAACCAAACGCAUCGAGACAACAGCGCUCAGAACAUGAAGCCUCUCCAGCAAUUCAACGAGAACGUGAAUCAGUGGCAUCGAAGAGACCCACAGAGUCACAGGAACCAUCGUCCAAAACGUUACAGCAACAUGAUGUCAACAGCGACAGCGAAGGUUCAGGCAAGCAGUCGUCUGAGGAGAAGAACUCUGCGGAACGUGUUGACGCCAGCGAUUACAAGCGAGGAGAAGGUAGCCGACAUGAAGACACAAACAAGGUCCCCAUCAUUGAAUCCGACUCGCAAGCACCCGUAAAGGAUCACGUGGAAGAUGACGCUGUAACCUCGUUUGCAGGAGAGCUUGGCAAACUGGUUGGAUGGGGGUUUGUAACGGAUAGACAAGCAGGAAACGAUGCAAGCGAAUCCGGUAAUGAAGCUGCCGUUGGCAGGCAUGCGGACCAAACCGUAAAGGGGGAGAGCCAUGACGAUGAUGGUGGCGGUAUCAACCUGGCAGGGGAGCUUGGAAAAUUAGUUGGGUGGGGUAUCGUUGGAGAGUCCAUAGUAGAGGCGCAGACUUCAGCGAGUCAUGAUGCUCGUCUACGUGACGGGCAUCCGUUAGAGAGUUUCUUUGGGGCCGGCACUACAGAUUCCGAGGCUACAACAAUGCGGUCGACCUCGGGGAACAGCAACUCUGACGUUCUUGGGGUAGGAGAUCAUGAAGACAGUCUUGUCGAUAACCGCGAACGGUCCAACAGCACUCGAGGAGAGGACGCGGCUUUUUCUAACCGAUCAAUGCUGGCGGAAGAGGCGAGGGAGAAGCUAGUCGCGACGAAGCAAGGACAGUUUGGCAAAGCGAAAAAUGCCUCUGCAAAGGAUACAGCAGUGGAUUUAGGUUUUAUGUUGACUCAAGCCCCAGCACCAAGCGAAAAAGUCUCCUCGGAGAGCUAUAACGCCGACUCGAAGAUGCAGGAAAUCGCCUGUGCCCAGGUUUUCAAGCAGCCUGCCUGUGAGAAACGAAUAGUGACGCUGGAGCCCAACAAGUAUUUGGCAGAGGUGGGAAGAGCUCCCAAGAAAGACCAUCAAUCUUCCAAUGCAGUGCAGGAUGCUGGCUAUGUCAAUUUUUCCAAGCAAGCUGCGUACGAGAAACCAGAGAAACCAUCAGUGGAUCUGAAGCUAAACAAGCCUUUGGCAGAGGUGGCUAAAACUCCCGAGAAGGACCAACAAUCCUCGAAAGCAGUGCAGGAUACCAGCAAUGUCGAUUUUGCCAAGCAAGCUGCGUAUGAAAAACCAGAGAAACCAAUAGUGACUCUGAAGCUAAACAAGCCUUCUGCAGAGGAGCAAAAAGCUCCCGAGGAGGACCAGCCAUCCUCGAAAGCAGUGCAGGAUACUGACAAUGUCGAUGUUCCCAAGCAGGCUGCAUAUGAGAUACCACAGAAACCAAUAAUGACUCUGAAGCCAAAUAAGCCUUUGGCAGGGGCGGAAAAACCUCCUGAAAAGGGCCAACAAUCCUCGAAAGCAGACUUGAUAACCAGGCGGCUGGCAGAGAUUGGCCGCUCUAAAAGUCAGUCUCAACACGAACAUGCCGAUGCAGACAAGCUGGGUUCCUCCCCGCUAGCCACAUACAACGCCGACGGUAGGAUUCCUGCUACAGGAAACCUUUCAAGCGCAAUAGUCAAGACCGAGAAAAAGGAAGUGCAAGAUGAACUCAAACAAGACGGCGAGGGCCGUGCCCUGGAUGGAUCUGGAUCAAUUAAUUCUGACUCUAAGCGGCAUAGAUCCCAUUUGACUGUUGAAGACGACUUCUCCACGGGUGAAAAGAGUUACGAGUCGUCGCAUGGCUUUUACAAUGAUGACGACGACGAUAGCCUCGACGAAGAACUAGAACUUUUGCAGAGCUUCAAUGGAUCGGGGUUAACCCAAGAGGAAGAUGUAAGUCAACGAGAAAACCUUGUUGACGUCUCGAAGAUGCACCACAGCCGACUUGAUAGCAGCGGUGUUGCAUCGACACUUCAGCAUUCAUUUUUGCAAGAAACCAGAGAUUGGGAUGUUGACCCUGCAAAGGGCACGGGAAGUAUGCGGAAUUGGGCCAUGACUUCGCUGGAUAUUGCUGGCCAAUCUAAAGAUGAUACAUCCUCGCCUCCUUUGGAUCACUGCUCAGACCGUUUAAUUGAAGGCGAGAAAUCCAUUGUCGGACAGAAGAAACUGACCCUUGAUGGGGCUCCACUGCUCGGGCGGUCUGUAUUGCUCAAUGACGAAGACUUGAGCAAUAAACAGUUUGAUCAGCAAGAUUCAGCUUUAGUUCACGAUUCUUCAUCAAACCAUAGGUCUCGGAAUCAUGAAGAUAGCGCAACAGCGGGUUUAGAGGUUGAGGAAACCACUGAAGACCAUGGACCAAUCGAGCAUGACGGCCAAGGUGGCUAUGGCUUGCCUCCUGACAGCACAGAUUUGACAGAUCAUCCCAUACAAGGCGGCUCACAAAGAUUGAGCAACGCGCAGUUGGAGCAGUGCGGGCACCACGAUGCUUCUUCACUGUCAAGCUGCUCAUCCAGUAGUGGAUCUGAGUAUGGUGAAGAGAGUCCAACAGAUUUGCCCGAUGAAACCAGCCAAGCUAAGGAAGAGAUUAGCCGGGCCAACCACGAUGCCUGCGAGGAACCUGCGGCAAAAGCCUUGUUGUCUGGAAGUCCAUCAGGUCAAGCUCCCCGUACUUUACUAUCAGUUGACAUAAGCGACGCCGUUGGAGUUUCUGGGCAGUCUAUCUCACAGGAAAAGAGAGCAGAGAGCGAGUGGAAUAUCAAUCAACUGGAUCAGAGUCCCCAUGAUGAUGCAGGUGUCUCCGAUGUUCAAGUCGAUAACGAGAUUGUCGAAGGAACGACUGCUCAUAGAAUUGAGACUUCCCCCAGCCCACCAGGUCAUGUUGGCCCUGUUGCCAUCACGGGUCAUGCAACUAGGGAUGCUCAGGAUGAUAUGUGUGAAAUACCGCUGCCAUCCUCCAGUCUCUCCCUAGUUCGUGGCAAGCCAGACACUACCGACGAAAUAUUAUACCUUAGCUUGGUUGGGAAGGAACUCUUGAACAUGGGAGGAUGGUUUGGAUCGACCAAUGCUUUCUUCGAAGUUUCACGUGCAGAUGAAUCAAGCAAUCCUGCAGUAUGGCAGAGGGUGUACCUGUCGGAGCCUGUUGAGAACAGCUUUGAUCCUGCUUGGAAGGAAGCAGAAGUGAAUCUUGGGAUGCUCUGUGGAGGUGACCUUGGAAAGCAAAUUCAGAUCGCCCUUUAUCACAACCAAUCCGGGAACCAUCUGAGUAUGGGUGCAUGUACUACAACCGUAAAGCACUUGCUUCAAUCUGUUGGAGAAACGUCAGGUUUGAAGUUUGCUUCUCAAGACGGAGCACAGCAAUUCGGGAAUCUGUUAGUCGCAAACGCCCGUGUCGAUAGGCAAGGCGUGGCUCGUGGCACCAGAGAAGACCACAGUGCGAAGCUAUCUUUGGUGCUAGAGGGAGGAGGCAUCGUAGUGGACAAAUGGAUGUUUGCGUCUACCAACUUGCUCUUUGAAGUCUCGGUGCUAACGAAAACUGGCGUUUACUCACCCGUUUAUACAUCCGAGCACGUCACAAAUAAUUUAUUGAAUCCCAGGUGGAGUGAAGCGGUGCUGGAGUUGGGUUUGUUGUGCGAUGGAGACGCGAUCCGAAUAACCAUCCUGGACAGUUUAGAAGAGGACCAGCAAAUAGUGUUGGGUGCCUUUGAUACCUCCAUUUCGGGCCUUCUGGAGGCCAGCGGCAAAAGUCCUUUCCUUGCUGUCGCCGCGGAUGGCAAAGCCUGCGGCAAUGUUGCCGUUGUGAAAGCAUCUAUUAGUGGCGUUAAUGAGAAAACGAGGACUCCAGAGCCCGACGAGAGCUCGUUUGGAAAAGCCAAGGGAUCGAAGUCCCCCGCCUUAUCAAGCCUGCAUGCUGCACCCGAUACCGCGUCAACAAUAACUCCAGGAGCUGAAGAGUGCCUCGGUGGUGGCGCUGCUGAAACGCAAAUUAUACCCGGUGCCUAUGAAGAGUGCAAUGCCACAGCGGAUGCUUCCAUGACUCAAAGUGCCGAACAGAUCUCCGUUGCUGAAUCGUCCAAGGCCACUGUCGAUUCAAUCGCCAGAACCUCCACUGGAGCAGAUGCAGCAUUGGAUACCGAAAAAUCUGUGGAGCCAGGAAACGCGAAUAUCUGCAAAGAACGCGAGACGCCGACCGACCUGCCACGUUCGAAUCCCAAAAUAUCAGAGCCAGGAAACGUCAACAUAAUCAAACAACCCGAGCUAAAGGUGAUCGACCUGUCACCCCCGAAAGUCGCAAUACCUGGAAGCAUUAAGAUAGUCAGUCAACCCAAGAAAAAGGGGAUCGACCUGGAAAGCCCGGAAGAAGCACCUGUAGAGUCACAUGAUUCAAAGGAUGAAGUGAAACGCGGGCAAACACUUUCACAACAGAGCCCAGUAAAAAACGAGACUGGCUCUUCUGGGGUUGCGAUUGACGCCCAACUAGUCGCCAACCAAAAGGCUUUGAUGGAAAAGAACCAACGAGAAAAGCAGAUGCUGCUUGAAUAUACCAAAAGCCUUGCGGAGAAUUGCAAGCGGCUAGAAGGCGAAGUUGCUGAAAUGGACGCCUUGCUGACAUCCGCCAGCAAGAAGGUGGAACGCCUCCAAACAGAGAAGCAAUCCCUUGAGCUAGAGUGCAAGUUUUUCACCAGCAACAUCAACGAACUCGCAUCAGCGAAGGCUCGGCAAGAAGAGGUUCUAAUCGAGGCGAAAGCCGAGGUUCUAUCUUACAAGAGAGAUCUUGAUAGGGCCUGGGAUAAGAUUAAUGAAAUCGGCAAGUCUGGGCAAGAAACGGCGACGAGUGCGAUACUCUGGGCGCAAGCGCGGGAAGCCGGAGAACAAGCAGUUGGCGUUGACGAAGAAAGUGCAGUUACCUCAACAGAACAGCCCAGCGAGGACCUACCAAGGAAAUCAUCGGAAGAGGCAUCAGCUCAGUGGCAACAGCGGACGGCGCCAGCAACGGAGGAAGAAACACGCGACGGUGACGAGGGCCUCAAUGCUCCCCCCGACCGUGACGAAAUGACCGCCAAGGGUGUGGAUGGCGCCAAAACAGACAAAGAAUCCGAAGAAGCGAACGAGUCGACGGUAGUGGGAGACGAAAAUGAUGCCAAAGCUGAAGCCAAAGGUGUAAAUAGAGGGGGAGGCAACUCCGUCGAUGAAGAACCUAGAAUUCCAAACAGUCAGGAAGCCACAGCAGAAAGCGAGCCAGGAAAUGAACCUGACCUCGGGUCCAUGGCAAGCGUUAGCGAAGCUGACACGGAUGAGAGAGCGACAAACAAUAACGAGGAAGGAUCUGCAGUGGACAUUGGGGCAAGGGAGGAUGCCGCGGUGGGUGCGAAUGCUGCUGUUCCAGUUGAAAGGGGCGCUUUGGGAGCCCACGGAGAUCCAGAAGUGGCAGGCGAUGAAGCUGGACGCGACACCGAUGCCAUUUUGACACAGAUGGUAGCAACUCUCGAGAAUAGAGUUGAAGAGCUGCAGCAAUUGGCUCAUGAAAGAAUUCUUGCAGACUCACAAACCCAACCAUCAACCGUUGCACAAAAUAGCGUCUUGGAUCGAAGAACACUGGAGGAAUCUCUGGCACGAGCUGAGUUCAGGGUCCAGGCUUAUUCACGAGCAAUGAUUUCGGAAGCAAGGAGGUUGGAGGAUCUGGCCAGAGAAAACAGUGCUUUGACAGAGAGGAUGAACAAGUUCAAAGCACUUGCUCUGAAGAACUUCAGAACUGUGAAAGAAGCAAAAAAUCUGCUUGCUCGUUACAAAGCAGACCGCAAGAAACAAAUCAGCCAAAAUGCUUCCCUGACGAAGGAACUAAAACGAGCGCAAGCAGUAGCCAAAGAUAGGCAGCAAGAGCUGACAGCAUUCCAAACAAAGCUCGAAGAGACUCUUGCGGAGAAAUCCUCGAUGAUCGAGGAAUCCAAGGCGAAACUCAGGGAACUUGAGCAGCAGAAGUCGAGAGCAGAAGCGACGAUCUUUGAAUUAAGACAAAUUGGCUCCUCUAGCCAUCUGGCGGCAAACGCUGAGGCACAAACCCCUUCGAAAGACCUGUCUAACAGCUGCAAAAUCUUGUCACCGGAGAGUAACCUGGUUCCCAAUCCAGACUCGGCGACUGGUCAGGUUGCUGCCGUCGAACAUGGCGGACCCAAAACGCAGAACACAAAUGAAGCGACAGGCAGAGAUGGCGACCAUGACGUCGAGACAAAGCCUUCGUGGGAAGCUGAAAAACACAACCUACUAGACAGAAUUAAGGAGCUUGAGUCAAGCUUGGCGCAGGCAAACACUGAGCGCGAAGCUGCUAUGACCGCCAAAAACCUCUACGAGGGCUUCUGGAAAGACGCCAAAGAAAAGCUGGUACUGCUGCAAUUCAAUUCUGAAGAGAAAAGGCCCAGCGCCAAGUUUGCGGGCAUCCGAAAGCCCGGGGAUAUUCAGCCCUCGGGAAACUUCUCCUGGGAACCUCCAGCUUUUGGUGGCCCCAAAAAUGAAGAAGAGAGUGUCCAGGUGAUGGCACCCUUCCUGCCCCAGGGAGACUUCUCUUGGGAGCCUCCGGCUUUUGACGGCGAAGGCCCCAAAAACGAAGAAGUGAGUGUUCAGCUGAAGGAAAUGGGAACCUUCGCCAUAACGGUACCUGGUUACCAAGCAAAGACUAGACGGUCAACUGCAACCGACGAAGCUUGUGCGUUGUGGGCAGCGGAUGCUCAAGCCAAGGAAUCAAAGAGCACCAAUCUUCAAGAGGAAUCUACAGAACGGCUCACUUCGACAGAUGAAGCCCUUGCACUUUGGGCUGAAGACACAAGGGCCAAAGAAGACAGGGUGUUCUUUGAUAACGUGAAUCAAUCGCUCGAAGCAACAGCAAGGCAACCCCCCGAAGGCUCUUCCUUGUUGCCAGAAGAAUCGAAGGCGAAAGAACUUUCGAUACCAGAAAAGACAGGAGCGCAGACAGGUGACGGUCUUGCUGUUUGGGCUGCACAGGGGAAAUCUACCGAAGUGAAGCUCGAUAUUGGGAACUACCAGGAAAACCAGAAGCAGGUCAUUAUUCCUGGAGCUUCGUCAUCUAUCAACACAGGAGCACUGACAGGUGAGGGACUCUCUACUUGGGCUGCGCACGGAAGAGCCAACGAUGAAAAACUGGAUGCCGCCAACGCAGCUAGAACUCCUGUAGCCGAUCAGGGAGCACCACUGGCAACUGGAUCCUCGACGACAAAGGCAACGGGCCCAGCAUUGAAACCCAAGGCUGAGGGCAGCUUGUCGAAUUCCAAGGGGCGCAGUGACGCGCCUGCGAAGAGAAGAUCGGGGUCCAAGACAGAGUCUGCAACAAAGAGCACGAGCGGAAGAAAGACCGGAAAGGCUGGUCAAAGUCUCGCAAGUUCUAAGGGACCUCCAAGAAGAAAGUCUAAGGAUGCCGUUGAGCACAAACAAAGACGCUUGAGCAAAUUAAGUGCCAGCAGUUCGGGGACUAAGGCAGUUGAAAAGCGAAAGACUGGAAAGGCCGCUCCGACACUCUCCAGAUCCAAAGGAUCUUCACGAAGAAGCUCCAAGGAUCGCGUUGAGCCCAAACGAAGACGUUCGAGCAAAUCAAGUGCGAGCGCUUCCGGUUCCAAGGCAGACGAAAAACGGAAAAGCAGACGCUCCAAGGGUGGUGAAAUGCCUAAACAAAUUCCCUCAGUUGCCAAGGCUUACGAAAAGAAAGGACGCUCGAGCGCGAACCCGACAAGUCUAAAUUCGGUUGGAAGGGCGAGGCUGAAAGGAACGAGUUCAAAAGAAUCCAAUGCUGAGCUCUCCCCGAUUGCAGAGGACACAGAACUUGAAUCGGAGGCCGGAUCCUCUGCAGGCGAUCGCGAGACAAGAGAAAGCGUCAACGACGUCGAUAAAGAACAAGAGAAGCGUCCCUCUCAGGGGUCCGAGGCCGGGCCCUCUGCAGGCGAUCGCGAGACAAUAGAAAGCGUCAAGGACGUCGAUAAAGAACAAGAGAAUCGUCCCUCUCAGGGGUCCGAGGCCGGGCCCUCUGCAGGCGAUCACGAGACAAUAGAAAGCGUCAAGGACGUCGAUAAAGAACAAGAGAAUCGUCCCUCUCAGGGGUCCGAGGCCGGGCCCUCUGCAGGCGAUCGCGAGACAAUAGAAAGCGUCAAGGACGUCGAUAAAGAACAAGAGAAGCGUCCCUCCCAGGGAUCAAAACGCAGAAAGUCGCGCCGAUCAAAGCGACACAACAAGUCGCCGCUUCGUGGUUUGGCGCCAGUUCCUCUAGAAGUCAAGAGGUUGAGCUCUGGCAGUGUGUUGCGGGCGUCAUUUCGCGUUGGAAGAGCUCAGGCAUCCAAGCUGUCCGUCGAACAGCAAUCCGGCGAAGCAGCAGAAAAUACUCAUGGACCUGCAAUCCCCGCAAUCCCCGAGGAAACAAAGAAAACUGAAACCAGUGAGGUGAUUGCGAAGACUGCACUUUUUGCUUCCCUCAACUUCGCAGAGGUGAAAGCACUGUCGAAAGCAAGCAAACACUAUCAAGUUCAUGUUGAUGAGUACAUUUGUCAUGAGGGGGAGGAAGGAGAAUCCAUGUUCAUAAUUGUGAAUGGAGUGAUUGACAUCACCAAACAAGAAAAGAAGGGCCAAACCUCCAUUGAACUUCGCUUGGCACAGCUGCAUGCCGGUGAUUACUUUGGUGAGAUGAGUUUGCUCACAGGUAAACCACGCAUGGCAAGUGUGAGGGCCAGCAGUACUGUUGUUGAACUGAUUGAAAUCAGCAAAGAUGCACUGAUGCCACUAAUCAAGAAACGCACAAAGCUGGCCAAGCAGCUUGGUAAGAUUGUGGCAGAGCGUCAAAAGGAUGCAUCGUCCGAUGGGAAAGAUGAUGCUAAACGAUCCAAAGAGGUCUCCAGUCAAAUCAUAUCUUUCUUUGGAUUCGGGCGGCAUGACGAAGAUGAUGACAGUGAAUCAUCAUCAGAUGAUGAUGCACCAAAACUAAAUCGUCGCCAAACUUUCUUCCGGGGCGCAAUGGUGUCAAAGCGCAAUCUUGUUCCAGUCGCAAAAGCCACAGUUCUGGAAGGUUCUGAUGAUGAGGUUAUCAGCAGCACUGGACUCUUUGCUUCACUCAACUUCUCCGAGGUGAAAGCACUUGCUUCUGCAAGCAAACGUCAUGAAGUCGGUUUUGAUUCUGUUGGUCCUGAUGAGUACAUCUGUCGGGCGGGGGAGGAAGGAGAAUCCAUGUUCAUUGUUGUCAAGGGAGUGAUUGAUAUCACCAAAGAAGAACACAAGAAGGGGCAUGGCCCCACCGAAAUUCGCCUGGCGCAGCUGCGCGCCGGUGACUACUUUGGAGAGAUGAGUUUGCUCACAGGCAAACCACGCACAGCAGAUGUGAGGGCCAGCAGUAGCACUGCUGAAGUUCUUGAGAUUGGCAAAGAUGCUUUGAUGCCUUUGAUGACGAAACGCAAGGACCUAGCCAAGCGGUUAGGCAAGAUUGUGGCAGAGCGCCAAAUGGCACUCCAGGGAACCUCGAAGGAUGGCACAGCCCUUGAUAAGGCAGCCAAAGAUGUCUCCAGUCAAAUCAAGUCUUUCUUUGGAUUUGGAAGGCAGGAAGGGGAGGAAAGUUCUGAUGAGGAAGAUGAUACCAAAGGACUGGAGAAGGUCUUCGAAGAAGAUUUUCUUGAAUCCUCUGAUUCUGAGAAUGCAGGCAAGAAAAAAGAACGAAAAAUGCAAAGAGGUUGGUUUGGGCGGACAACAAAGGGGUUGAAGCCAGCUGCGGAUGAAAGUGAAUCGCUUGAUGAUGAUGAUGUAGCAAAGGUUGGCCGACGCAAAAGUUUUUUCUCGAAGGGCUCGGCUUCAGCGAAAAGCUCCCCAAAGCCAAGGGCAAAACCAUGGGAUGGAGAAGCACCAGAUGAUGAGGUGAUCAGCAAUACUGCUCUUUUUGCAUCACUCGGUUUCUCUGAGGUCAAAGCACUGGCAAAAGCAAGUGAACGUCACAUGGUUGGCAUUGAUGAGUACAUCUGUCGUGAGGGGGAGGAAGGUUCAUCAAUGUUCAUAAUUGUCAAUGGAGUGAUUGAUAUCACGAAACAAGAACACAAGAAGGGCCAAGAUUCCUUUGAGCUUCGCUUGGCGCAGCUGCAUUCUGGUGACUAUGUUGGUGAGAUGAGUUUGCUGACAGGAAAACCUCGCAUGGCAAAUGUAAAGGCUGGAAGCACUGUUGUUGAAGUUCUCGAGAUUAGUAAAGAUGCUCUGAUGCCACUGAUGAAGAGACGCAAAGAUCUUGCUAAGCAGCUUGGUAAGAUUGUAGCAGAGCGUCAAAAGGAUGCAUCGUCCGAUGGCAAAGACGAUGCUAAAAGAUCCAAAGAGGUCUCCAGUCAAAUCAAGUCUUUCUUUGGAUUUGGAAGACACGAAGAAGAUGACGACGACAGCACAGAUGAUGAAGCAGAAAACAUUCAGGAGCCAACUGACCAACAAUAUGUACCAUCUGAAUUGAACCUAGAGAGAGACACUCCUGCUCAUCUUCGAAGACCAAGGCGGCUUCGUAGAGAAGUCUCCAAGGAGGCUUCCACCCGAAGAGCUUCUGAAGGAGUCUCCUCACAUACAACUGCUACCAACCGAAGGCUACGGCGUAGCACAUCCUUUGAUGCAAAAGCAUCUGGACAUUCCAGAGUGCCUCUGUGGAGGCGACAGAGCAGAAUGGAACACUCAGAAAGUAACAAGGAUACAAAUGUGCUGGGUUGUAGGCCUAGUCAGGUGGAUAAUCUUGACACACAUGAGUCACCUGAAAAUGACGAGGUGAUUGGCGACACUGCUCUGUUUACUUCCCUCAGCUUCUUUGAGGUCAAGGCACUUGCAGAAGCAAGUAAACGCUAUGAAGUUGAUGUUGAUGAGUACAUUUGUCAUGAGGGGGAGGAAGGAGAAUCCAUGUUCAUAAUUGUGAAUGGAGUGAUUGACAUCACCAAACAAGAAAAGAAGGGCCAAACCUCCAUUGAACUUCGCUUGGCACAGCUGCAUGCCGGUGAUUACUUUGGCGAGAUGAGUUUGCUCACAGGUAAACCACGCAUGGCAGGUGUGAGGGCCAGCAGCACUGUUGUUGAAGUGAUUGAGAUCAGCAAAGAUGCUCUGAUGCCACUAAUCAAGAAGCGCACAGAGCUGGCCAAGCAGCUUGGUAAGAUUGUGGCAGAGCGUCAAAAGGAUGCAUCGUCCGAUGGCAAAGACGAUGCCAAACGAUCCAAAGAGGUCUCCAGUCAAAUCAUGUCUUUCUUUGGAUUCGGGCGGCAUGGCGACGAUGCUGACAGUGAAUCAUCAUCAGAUGAUGAUGCACCAAAACUAAAUCGUCGUCAAAGCUUUUUCCGGGGCUCAAUGAUGUCAAAGCGCAAUCUUGUUCCAGUGGCGAAAGCCACAGUUCUGGAAGGUUCUGAUGAUGAGGUUAUCAGCAGCACUGGACUCUUUGCUUCACUCAACUUCUCCGAGGUGAAAGCACUUGCUUCUGCAAGCAAACGUCAUGAAGUCGGUUUUGAUUCUGUUGGUCCUGAUGAGUACAUCUGCCGGGAGGGGGAGGAAGGGGAAUCAAUGUUCAUUGUUGUCAAGGGAGUGAUUGAUAUCACCAAAGAAGAACACAAGCAGGGGCAAGACCCCACAGCGAUGCGCCUGGCACAGCUGCGUGCUGGUGACUACUUUGGAGAGAUGAGUUUGCUCACAGGCAAACCACGCACAGCAGAUGUGAGGGCCAGCAGUAGUACUGCUGAAGUUCUUGAGAUUGGCAAAGAUGCUUUGAUGCCUUUGAUGACAAAACGCAAGGACCUGGCCAAGCAGCUAGGCAAGGUUGUGGCAGAGCGCCAAGUGGCACUCCAGGGAACCUCAAAGGAUGGCACAUCCCUUGAUAAGGCAGCCAAAGAGGUCUCCAGUCAAAUCAAGUCUUUCUUUGGAUUUGGAAAGCAGGAAGAAGAGGAAGGAAGUUCUUCCAGUGAUGAUGAUGCACCAAAACUAAAUCGUCGUCAAAGCUUCUUCCACCUUGGCUCAGCAGUGUCAAGGCGUAACAUUGUACCAGUCACGCAAGCCACAGAUCUAGAAGGAUCUGAUGAUGAAGUUAUCAGCAACAGUGGACUCUUUGCGUCACUCAACUUCUCUGAGGUCAAGGCGCUUGCUUCUGCAAGCAAGCGCUAUGAAGUUGGUGUUGAUGAGUACAUCUGUCGUGAGGGUGAUGAAGGUUCCUCCAUGUUCAUAAUUGUCAAUGGAGUGAUUGAUAUCACCAAACAAGAAAAGAAGAAGGGCCAAGUAUCCUUUGAACUUCGCUUGGCACAGCUACAUGCUGGUGAUUACUUUGGUGAGAUGAGUCUUCUCACAGGUAAACCGCGCAUGGCAAGUGCAAGGGCCAGGGGUGCGGUUGUUGAAGUCCUUGAGAUCAGCAAAGAUGCACUAAUGCCACUUAUGAAAAAACGCAAAGACCUGGCAAAGCAGCUUGGUGAGAUUGUUGCAAAGCGGCAAAAAGAUGCUUCAAAGGAUGGCAAAGAUCAUGCUAAACGAUCCAAAGAGGUCUCCAGUCAAAUCAUGUCUUUCUUUGGAUUUGGAAGGCACGAAGAAGAGGAUGUGGAAAGUGAAUCAUCUGAUGACCUUCUGAAGGACAGACAAUAUCUCCCAUCCAGAUUGAACACAGGGAGGGAAGCUUCGGCACAGGCACAGAAUGCAGCAUCAGGACCUAUAAAAUCGGCGUCAACUGCACCAAUUAAAAAGGGAAGAAAAAUGCGGCGAAAUACAUCCUUUGACUCUACAGCAUCGGGUCAAUCAGAGUCUUCCUCGCCUGCGUCAACUGGCAAGAGAAGAAGAAUUCGGAGAAAGACCUCCGUUGACUCUACUGCAUCAGGACAAAAACAGUCCUCCACCACUGCACCAGCCGAAAAGAGACGAAUGAGGCGAAAUACCUCGUUUGAUUCUGCAGCAUCGGAACAGAAACAGUCUUCCAGCUCUGUGCCAGCUGACAAGAGAAGAAAAAUGCGCCGCAAUACAUCCUUUGACUCUACCGCAUCAGGACAAAAACAGUCUUCCUCAACUGCACCAACUGACAAGAGAAAAUUAAGGCGUAAUACCUCCUUCGACUCUGUAGCGUCAGGACAUUCACAGUCUGCCCCCACUGCACCAACUGACAAGAGAAGAAGAAUGCGCCGUAAUACCUCCUUUGACUCUACUGUAUCAGGACAAAAACAGUCUUCCUCAACUGCACCAACUGACAAGAGAAAACUACUGCGUAAUACCUCCUUCGACUCUGUAGCGUCAGGACAUUCACAGUCUUCCUCAACUGCGCCAACGGACAAAAGAAGAGGAAUGCGGCGUUCAACUUCCUUUCGUGUUGGACAAGCUCAGGCAUCUCAGUUGUUCGCACAGGCGCAAGCAUAUCAAAUUUCUGAAGGUGCGACCUCAGAGGACACUACUGAGGUUAUUGGCAAAACUGAGCUUUUUAGUUCACUCAAAUUCGCUGAGGUGAAGGAACUUGCAGAAGCAAGUAGACGCUAUGAUGUCAGUGUUGGGGAGUAUAUAUGUCAGGAGGGUGCCGAAGGGGAUUCCAUGUUCGUGGUAGUUGAGGGGACGAUCGAUAUCACGAAAGAAGAACAGAAAACGGGCGAAGAACCCACUGAAAUUCGCUUGGCACAGCUGAAUGCAGGGGACUAUGUUGGUGAGAUGAGUUUGCUCACAGGCAAACCACGCACAGCAAAUGUGAGGGCCAGCACUCCCAUUGUUGAGGUGAUUGAGAUUAGCAAAGGUGCUCUGAUGCCUUUGAUGAAGAAGAACAAAGCUCUGGCCAAGCAGCUAGGUAAGGUUGUGGUGGAGCGCCAAAUAGCACUGCAGGGCGCCUCAAAGGAUGGCAAAGAUACGGCUGCGAAGACGAAAGAGGUCUCCAGUCAAAUCAAGUCUUUCUUUGGAUUUGGGCGGCACGAUGAUGAUGAUGAUUAG